UGGCAGCAGGAGAACAGCAGCUGCCACACUCUUCAGAUAUCUCUCUAUUUAAAGUUCAAAGAGGCACAGGAUAACAAUAAGGAAGAGUCGCGUGGGCCCUGACUAAGCCACCAACAAUAGAAAUAAUGGCUGAAAAAGACUCAGCAUGGCCACGCCUCACAGUCCCCAUUCUUCUCCUGGUUGGAUGGAUUGUUGGCUGCAUCAUAGUGAUUUACGUUGUCUUCUUCUAGAAAAGCAAGAAGACUUUAAACUGACACCAUUUAGAAGAACUGAGAAGAACAGGAAUAAAACUGAUCAUUAAAGGUGUCUCAUAUUAAAUAGUUGCAGUG